AUGGCAGUGCCAUAUGCAACUAAAAUUCUGCUCUUGAUUUUGUCCAUUGUAACAACUAUCCACUUCUAUGCAUGCAAUGCAGAAGGGUUUAACAAAACUUGCAGCGAGAAAGAAAGAAACGCACUCCUCAGAUUCAAGCAUGGACUAGAAGACCCUUCAAACAGGUUCUCAUCAUGGUCUGAUGAAGGGGAUUGUUGUACAUGGCUAGGGGUUCAUUGCAACAACAUCACUGGUGAAGUCAUGGAACUGAAUCUUAGCACACCUGUGGACACUCCCUAUAGGGAGUUGAGCGGUGAGAUUAGUCCUUCCUUGCUAGAACUAAAAUCUUUGAUGCUUUUGGACUUGAGUUCUAAUUAUUUUGUUCAUACUCCAAUACCAAACUUCCUUGGCUCAAUGGAGAGCCUAAGAUACUUGGACCUUAGCAUCAGUGGGUUCAAGGGACUAAUCCCUCCUCAGGUAGGGAAUCUAUCAAACCUGCAAUACCUUAAUCUUGGGUACAAUUAUGCUCUUCAUAUUGAUAACCUUAAUUGGAUAUCAAGGCUUUCCUCCUUAGAGUACCUUGAUUUGGGUGGUGUAGACAUUCAUAAAGAAGCUGCUUGGCUUCAAGUACUAGGCACAGUUCCUUUUCUUGAAGAAUUACACUUGGAGAACUGUCAAAUUGAUAAUUUAAGACCACCAAAAGAGAAAACCAACUUCACACACCUCCAAGUUCUUGAUUUUUCAAAUAACAAUCUCAAUCAAGAAAUCCCUUCAUGGCUUUCAAACCUCAGUACUACUCUUGUCCAAUUGGAUAUGCGCAGCAAUUUUCUACAGGGAGAAAUCCCACAAAUCAUAUCAAGCCUUCAGAACAUAAAAACUCUAGACCUGCAGGGCAACCAACUCAGUGGAGCACUGCCAAAUUCAUUAGGCCAGCUUAAGCAUCUUGAAGUUCUAGAUCUCAGUAAUAAUACCUUUAUUUGUCCUAUUCCCUCAUCAUUCGCAAAUUUAUCAUCCUUGAGGAAGCUAAAUCUUUUUCAUAACCAACUCAAUGGAACUAUUCCUAAGAGUUUUGGAUUCCUCAAAAACCUGGAGGCAUUAAAUAUUGCAGCUAAUUCUCUGACUGGUGGUAUGCCUGUAAGUCUUGGAAUUCGCUCAAAUUUAGUAACAUUAGACCUUUCAUCUAAUUUGCUGGAAGGAUCAAUACAGGAAUUAAAUCUUGCAAAACUUUCAAAAUUAAAGGAACUACGUUUGUCUUCAACAAACCUGUUUCUCAGUGUCAACUCGAGUUGGGUUCCUCCUUUUCAACUUGAAUAUAUUUUACUCAGCUCCUGUGGAGUAGGGCCUAGGUUCCCAGCAUGGCUACAAAUGCAAAGUUCCAUCAAGGUGUUGGCAAUGUCCAAGGCAGGUAUUUCAGACAUGGUUCCAAGUUGGUUUUGGAAAUGGAGUUUGCAAAUUGAAUUCCUGGAUCUAUCUAACAAUCUCAUUAGUGGAGACCUAUCAAAUGCCUUCCUUAACUCGAGCAUCAUAAAUCUGAGUUCUAAUCUAUUCAAGGGUAGAUUCCCAAGUGUGUCUGCAAAUGUUGAAGUGUUGAAUAUUGCAAAUAACUCAAUUUAUGGACCAAUUUCUUCCUUUUUAUGUGAAAGAAUGAAUGGUACAAAUAAGUUAACUGUGCUUGAUGUUUCAAAUAAUGUCUUAUCUGGUGAUCUUGGUCACUGUUGGAUGCAUUGGCAAGCUUUAAUGCAUUUGAACUUGGGUAGAAACAAUUUGUCCGGUGAAAUUCCAAACUCUGUUGGGUAUUUAUCUGAACUUGUGUCUUUGUUGUUAGACAACAACAACUUUUCUGGAUAUAUUCCUUCAACUCUUCAAAAUUGCUCCAUGCUGAAGUUCAUUGACAUGGGUAAUAACCAACUUUCUGACACACUACCAGCUUGGAUGUGGGAAAUGCAAUUUCUAAUGGUUCUUCGUCUAAGAUCCAAUAAGUUCAAAGGGAUUAUUACUCAAAAGAUGUGUCAACUUUCUUCCCUUAUUGUGCUGGAUCUUGCCAACAAUAGCCUCUCAGGAUCCGUUCCAAAUUGUUUGGAUAACAUGAAGGCAAUGGCAGGUGAAGAUGACUUCUAUUCUAACCCUUUAGGAUAUUCCUAUGGCUUUGACUUCAACUAUAACAACUACAAAGAAAGUCUUGUCUUAGUUCCCAAAGGAGAUGAGCUAGAGUACAAAGACAACUUGAUACUUGUAAGAAUGAUUGACCUUUCAAGUAAUAAGCUGUUUGGAGCUAUUCCUUCUGAAAUUUCCAAGCUAACUGCUUUAAGGUUUUUGAACUUGUCUAAAAACCAUCUAUCUGGAGAAAUACCAAAAGACAUGGGAAGCAUGAAAUUGUUAGAGGCCCUUGAUCUCUCACUAAACCACAUUUCUGGUGAAAUUCCCCAAAGCUUAUCUGAUUUGUCCUUUCUCAGUUUCCUGAACAUAUCAUACAACAACUUAUCAGGCAGAAUUCCCACAAGCACUCAACUUCAGAGCUUUGAAGCACUUAGCUAUACAGGUAAUCCUGAACUUUGUGGUCCUCCUGUGACUAGUAAUUGCACAAGCAAUGAAAAGGUACUGGAUAGUGCUUAUGUUGGACAUGAAAAUUUCUUCGAAACAUCAGAGUUUUAUAUAGGAAUGGGAGUUGGAUUUGCAGCAGGAUUUUGGGGUGUUUGCAGUGUUAUUUUCUUCAACAGAACAUGGAGGCAUGCUUGUUUUCAUUUUCUUUACCACUUGAAAGAUUUGAUUUAUGUGACCAUAGUUUUGAAGGUAAGAAGGUUACUUGCUAAAUUAUGA